AUGCCAACUCUUGCUGAAUUGAAGCUGAUCCGCCACAAGACAGCACAGUUGGAUGAGAAAAUCCAGCAAUUGGAACGCCGGCGGGCAAACAUGAUCAUCACGUCAAGACACCUCGUUGAUGCUUUUCGAGCUCUCGCGGGAGAAUAUGCGAUAAGCUGCGAUGUCGUUGCGUUGACUGGUAAGCCAGUCAACGAUCCAAAAGUUGCUGAUCCUGUGAUCUGCAAUCAAGGAGAUAGAAGACUGAUGGAAAAUGAGAACAUCAAUAAGGCGGAUAAGGAUGUUUUGAAUCGCAUCGCCCAUUCCCUCCAAAUGACUGGUGAUCUCCGAGUUUACAUGUUGUUCGGAAAAGAAAAUAUUAAUCCUCUUCCCCGUCCAAAGAUUCAGACUGUUGGGAACUUAAAAUAUCUAAAAGAUAUAACUCAUGUCAAGGACGUGGUUACGACAGUUUUGGAGUACCGAGCUUUCUUGGCAAACGUGGAUGAUCCAAAUCCGAUGACAGUUACCGAACGAUGGAAUGAAGAGAAUGGUCAAGGAACCUCUGAUCACUUGCAAGUGUUUGCUUAUCAAUCUCUCCCGGAUUCCCCAGUUGACACUGUUCGUCAAUCCUUCUUCUGCCUAUCCUCAUUUUGCAGUAAGAUUAUUAUCUGUGUCGUGCUUUUUAAAGUCUCGAGUAUUGAUUCAAAUUUUUUAAAAACACUGAUGUCAAUGCUCAACUGCCCAAUGAUUGGAAAUAAAUUCUUCUGA